CAAGGAUCAUCAUAAUGAAGAGCUAGAAGAUCCUUAAAUAAAAGGAAAGUAUUUCAAAUAAUAUCAAGGCAAGUUCCUCAAACAUCUAAAGAGAGAAGAGUCUCAACGGAUCCAUUCCUAGCAGUCUAUAUAAUCGAGAUCGAGAAGAAGAAGAAUGUGUGCUGAACCGAGAAAAAUACUUAGAAGAAUCAUUCAAGAAAAGGAUCAAGUCCUUGGCGCCUGAAACUGCCCGCUCGGAGUUCUAGAUAGAGUUUCUCUUUUCCCUUUCAUAUUGUACUUGGAUUAUUGAGGCUUAAUUGGCUAGAGUAGCUGCCUCGGGUUAAGUGUGUGUGAGAGCUUUGCGACAAAGCUGAGAGGCUCUCUACCCGCAAGGUAGAGAUGCAUAACUCUUCCUAGAGAGGAUAGAGUUGGGGAGGCUCAAGGGUAGAUUAGGAGAAUCACUCUUGUAACUCUUUCAAAGGCUUGUUUAGUGAAGUUGUUUAAAAUUCCUCCGAGGGAGGUCGAGGUUUUUUAAUCCCUUUGAGCCAAGGGAUUUUUCCUCGUUAAAUUCUUGUGCACUUUACUAUUUUGCAAUUCCCUUUAUCCCACACUAGAACUCGGCGAAAAACUGCCACGGUUCCACACACACACAAUUCACCCCCCCUCUUGUGUUGCUAACCGUUUUCAUCAAAUUUGAAGUUUAAAAAUUAAAAUUUCCACAAUACGAAAUUUAAAAUUACUCCAUAUUAUAUCCUUAAAAAAUAUAAAAAGUUAAAAAAUAGUACGACAAAUGCAAUAAAAUGAAUUUAUUAACAUCCUUAAAAAAAGUCAAAAAAAAAAACACUAAACUUUAAAUUUUCAAAAUAAAUUAUGUUCCAUCAUGUAAACUUGCCUAAAAGUUUAACAUGUUACCUUUAAGAACAAUUUAUUUUAGAGUUAUACAAAAUUUAUUUAUAAAAUUACCACCCUCAUAUUAAAUUUACACACAGUUUAAUAUGAUAUACACAUUUUCAAUUGAUAAAAUUAUAAAUCACACUAACAGUUAAAAAUAUAAAAUAAUACGUAGUAUAUUUUAGAUGAGCAAUGAACAAUUGACCUCGCGUCCCCGCCCAAACUAUGUGCCCUUAACUGAAGCUGAGCGCAACAAUGAAAAUGCGCUUUGGGUGACGCCUCACAUGGUUGCAAACGAUCAAGAUGUGUUGGACCAAAUCAAACUGAUAAUUGGAGGACACUUUCUUGGGAACUGGGCAACAUAUAUGGAAGUUGACCCCAAGGUUCGUGAACUUUGGUGGAACCUGUUCAAGGGCCGGUUUCGAUGGACUGAAGCCCAAGGUCCCGCUAUUCUUAAAGCGUAUAACGCUAGGAUUUCAAACUGGCUUCGUCCUACUUUUAGGCGUGCCCGAGCGAGCGGGGUAAAGCCUGGAUGGUGUUCGGAUGAGGUGUGGGCUAACCUCGUCUGUCACUGGUCUUCUGAUCCGAACUUCUUGGCAAGAAGUCAAUCCAGUAAGAAAAACCGGAUGUCCGAGAAGGCCUUAGAAACCCAAUGGCACGGGGGCCGCAAACCUCAGAGUAAACAUAAAGAGGAUCUUGCGGGGCCUGAGAAGAAGAAGGUCUCAAUUCUCAAGGUCAUUAAGCACUGCUGGACGAAGCACGGCGAUGAGUCCGAUGCCGAUCUGCCACCCCGCCUCGCUGAAAUCGAAACAAAGUAUAACACAAAUGUUGAGAAGAAGCGGGCGGAAUUAGGCUUGACUCGGGAGGAUGAGAUUGAUUCUGAUAUGUAAGAUGAAGCCAUCGUUGAGGCAGCUGGGGUCUACAAAGGCCGGGUUCCGUGCAUGGGGGCCGAGGGGCAACAGAUUUUGUACGACCACAGCGGCGCUUCAUCUUCUCGAUCAAGGCGCGGAGAGGAUCCACGUAUCGCUCAAUUGCAGCGGGAGUUGGAGGAGCAACGCAAAAAGGACGAAGAAACAAGAGCCCGGCUGGAAGCGAUGGAACGGAUCCUCAGCGCCGGAAUUCAGAAUCAGCCUCAGCCUCAGCCGUAUAUACUGCACCCCGAGCAGACUCCUCAAGUUCCGCAGAUGGGCGGUUAUUUCCGUUCCAACUCUGCUUCCGGGUUGCCUUCAUAUGGUUCUUUUUAGGAUAUCAAUUUUCAUAACCUGUUUCAAACAUCUGGAGGCAGCCAAGCAGGAGGCAGUUGCGGAGGUGGCAGUCGCGGAGGGGGCAGUCGCGGAGGGGGCAGUCGCGGUGGCAACCGAGAAGGCCAAGGUGGAAGCAACCGAGAAGAUGAGACCGAAGAAGAUUAUCUAUAUGAUGAUUAUAGAUAUUAUCAUAAUGGUAGUCGGAGGAGCUUGUAAACGAUAUACAUUUUUAAUUGAACAUUGUUUAUUUACUAUAUUUGUAUUAUGUUUAUUAUUACUUUUAUUUCAGUCUGUU